CGCAUCGGUCACGGGGAGGAGCCGUGGAUCGGCGGAGCUGAGGGAGGGUCACGAACUCUGACCCGCAGCGAACCGGGUGCGGUUGAUAACUGACAGCAGGUUACCGGGUAUCCGUACAGCAUAUACCAGCGGUCCAGUGUCCUCUUCUUCUUCUGAAUCGGGUUGCACCUAGUUCAAAACUGGAUUUCCUUCGAACUUCCCUUUUUCGAAAAGGCUGCACUGUUAAAACAGAUGGCCUCUAUAGAAGAAUUAGCACAUCAGAUCAUUGAACAACAGAUGGGAGAGAUUUCUCGUUCUCAGACAGAAGUUACACAUACUGCACUUAUGGAUGGAAGCACACAGAGAAUUCAACUUGUUUCUGCAGAAUCAAAUCUGUCUUUACCACAGCGUAUACAAUUCGUCACAGAUCAACAGACAGGUCAGAAGAUACAGAUAGUAACUGCACUUGAUCAAAGUGGAGCAAGCAAACAGUUUAUCUUGACAAAUAAUGAUGGCUCCUCUCCAAGUAAGGUGAUCCUCGCCAGACAAGACUCUGGCCAAAACAAAGUUUAUCUGACAACUCCUAGCAGGCAGGACUCUAACCAAAACAAAGUUUAUCUGACAACUCCUGAUGCAGCAGGCGUCAACCAGCUGUUCUUCUCAAGCCAAGAUGUUUCUGCUCAGCAUAUUCAGAUACUAUCAGAAUCCCAGUGUGUGGAUCCGAGUUUAAACAAACCAGUGGUCGAUCUCUGUGUAGUAUGUGGUGAUAAAGCCUCAGGCCGGCAUUAUGGCGCUGUUACAUGUGAGGGUUGCAAAGGGUUCUUCAAAAGAAGCAUCAGAAAAAACUUGGUUUAUACAUGCAGGGGAUCCAAAGAUUGCGUGAUUAACAAGCACUAUCGCAACCGAUGUCAAUACUGUCGUCUACAGCGCUGUAUUGCUCUUGGCAUGAAGCAAGAUUCUGUGCAGUGUGAGCGAAAACCUAUUGAAGUCUCCCGAGAAAAAUCCUCAAAUUGUGCUGCAUCCACUGAAAAAAUCUACAUUCGCAAGGACUUACGCAGUCCACUUGCUGCAACAACCACAUUUGUGACAGAGAACAAAACUGCAAGGCCUUCCAGUUUACUGGAUUCAGGAAUGUUAGUGAAUAUUCAAGCACCUACAAUUAAAAGUGAGCCAUUGCUCAUAGCCCAUGAUAAGGUUGAAACCUGUCAGGGAGAUUUAAGCACUUUAGCCAAUGUUGUCACUUCACUUGCAAAUCUAAAUAAAUCAAAGGAGUUGUCUCAAACGAGCAAUGAACUGUCUGUUAUAGAAAGCCUAAGUAAUGGAGAUGCAUCCCUUGUUGAACUUCAGCAAGAGGAACAAUCCAGCAUUGAGGUUACAAGGGCUUUUGAUACUUUGGCAAAAGCACUAAAUCCAGCAGAAAAUUCUGCCCAGAGCUCAUCAGAAAGCAUGGAGUCUAAUUCUAACCUGCUUCCUGACAUGCACAUCAUUGAGAUUGAAGGUCCCCUUCUCAGUGAUGCCCACAUAACUUUCAAGCUCACUAUGCCUUCUCCUAUGCCUGAAUACCUGAAUGUCCAUUAUAUUUGUGAGUCUGCUUCCCGGCUGUUAUUCCUGUCUAUGCACUGGGCACGCUCCAUUCCUUCCUUCCAAGCUCUUGGGCAAGAGAACAGCAUUGCCCUAGUGAAAGCUUGUUGGAAUGAAUUAUUUUCACUUGGUCUUGCUCAGUGUUCCCAAGUGAUGAAUGUGGCUACUAUACUAACGGCAUUUGUUAAUCACCUGCACAGCAGCAUGCAGAAUGAUAAGUUGUCUACAGACAAGUUAAAGUUGGUGAUGGACCAUAUCUUCAAACUGCAGGAGUUCUGCAACAGCAUGGUUAAGCUUUGUCUUGACGGAUAUGAAUAUGCCUACCUGAAAGCAAUCGUACUAUUCAGUCCUGAUCACCCUGGAUUGGAAAAUGUGUCCCAGAUUGAAAAAAUUCAAGAAAAAGCUUAUAUGGAAUUUCAAGACUAUGUAACUAAAGCAUAUCCUGAUGACACAUACAGGCUGUCACGGCUGCUGCUCAGGUUACCAGCUCUGAGACUGAUGAGUGCUGCUAUCACUGAGGAACUCUUUUUUGCAGGCCUUAUUGGCAAUGUACAGAUUGAUAGCAUCAUCCCUUACAUUCUGCGCAUGGAGUCUGCGGACUACAAUUCCCAAAUUAUUGGGUUUCCUGUAUAGCAAAUUCUUUAGAUCAGGCAUAUGAUGUCUGAAUUAUAUGGAGUGUUGUUCCAUUUAAAAAAAUGGGAAACAGAAACUGAGGAUUCUGCAAAUGGCUCCUGGACUAUUUAAAAUGCACUCAUAAUUCUCAGCUUUAACGGAUACCUUCUAUGUGUUGGUACUGGCUGUGAAGGUAAAACCUAGUGCCCUUUGGCAUGUUGUAUAUAUUCAUACAAUAUAUAGAGACAUUUCUUGCUGUCAAUAAUGAGUUACAACUCUGCAUUGGCUUGGCCUGUGAAAGAUGCUAAAAGCAGUGCUUUUAUUUACCCAUUUCAGAUGAGUAUUAUUUCCUAAUACAGUGCAAUUUGUUUCAAGUAUCAUGUUUUUACUAAAAAAAAAGUCAAGUGUUGCAUGACUAGCGUUGAGUCCUCCCAACCAGAAUAGAUUUACUAAGUAUUUUCAUAACAUAACAUAUUCCAUAUAAACCUAUAGAAAUAAGGUACUUUUUAAUUUAUGGAACUAUUACAAGUGCCCUUUAAGAAAUACAGUAUUGACGCUAAAUAAAAUGUAAUUGAUUUGAGAGAAUCUUCAUUAUUCCUGGAUGGAGUAAAAAUGUGUUAUAUUGUGGCAUUAGUAUGUGUAUAAUAGAAGAAAUGUGUAGAAUAUGUGUGAACAAUCACGUGCUAACAUUGUCAAACAAUGGAAAUUGCUACAGUUUAUUAACAAUAAAUUAUGAAAAAGAGAAGCUAUAGAGAUCUCUGUAAAUAUAUAUGUAACCCCUUCCCCCCUUUGUACUAAGUGGUUAGGCAGCUCACUUAUAUUAACUACAUGAUUUAACUUUAUUUUCCAACAGAUCUUAACUUUUAUCUGUUUAAAGUGACCCAACUUCAUGAAUUUCUUUUUUUACCCAGCAGUGUUAAAGCUCAAUGUUAUUUGAACCAUUCCAUAAAAAUCCUUGAAAAUCUCACUUAUAGGUGCUGCAGGAUUUCAGUCCUAUGAAUGAUAGUGAGAAAAAAUAAUUAUAGAAAACGUACAAUAGAUAACCGCAUAAAAAAAUACAGCCCAGAAAAGACAAAUUGUAAGUUUUGCCUUUUGACAUCAGCAAUCCUAGAAACAUGUGAUUGUUAAACAAACAAAAUGUACGCUCUUGAUAUUUUUCUUUUAAGAAAUAAUAAAUCUAUAAAAUCACAUUAAAAAAUCUGCCUUCUUCAUCCUGGUUGCUUUGUAGCUGUUCAUUCCAUUUACACUUUCUGUGCUUCUUUGCAUUGUUUCUUCAUUGUAUAAAAGCUAUUGUAAAUGUUUUGAAAACCUAAAAGGAAAUUGUAAAUUCUAUUUUGGAUGUAUUUUUUAAGAAAAAGUAUAUUGUACCUUUUUAUGAUCUAAUAAAAAUCCCACAAUGUUUUUUGUUGUUAGGCUAAUUAAAA